AUAUAACUAAUAGCCGUAUUUAAAAGGUUAUUUGCAAAAUACGAUUAAAAAUAUUUCUAAAUGACUUAUUCAAGGAGUUCGUCCACUAAUUAAGAAUUAUGUUGGUAUGUUAGGUUAUCCAACAUGGCACCGAUUUAGAAAUGUCCUCAUGUUAAAUAAAUUGCCUCAGAAAUCCAAAUAUAUUUAAUCUAAAUUUGAUGCUCUGUUGUCGAUUAUUCAUGGCUGCCUUGUACGCGUCAUCACCCCGCGUCCGCAAGGAAAUAUCACGCAGCCUGAACCACACAUGUUUGUUGUAAAUAACUCACUUUUCCUGGCGAGAUUGAACUGAAAUGGCACCGACAGAUGAAAAAAUGAAGACUAAGAAGUUCACUGCGAAAGGUGGCAACUGGAAGAAACCACAAAAUAACGCACAGGGUGUCCAGAAGAAGAGAAAAUGGAUCUCCGAGCACAAAUUAUACCAAGGCAGCAUUCAGGAAGGUCAGGGGUUUGCUUUUAAGAGGAAGGAAAAAGUCAAACAUGAGUACAACAAGCUGCUGCGGAAGGAGGAGAAGAAGAAGAACCCAGAGUCCAGAGCGCGGUACAGGGAGGAGUACCCAGAACACCUCAGGCAUCUGUACGAGGCCGAGGCUGAGAAACUGAAGAACGAGGCCUGGACCCACAGACUGAACAGGACUAAACUGAGGAUGAAAGGGCAGGAGAAGGGAGAGGAGGUGGCUGAUGAUGAUGAUGCUCCUGCUGCUCCUGAGGCUGCUGAUCCAGAUCCAGAAGUAACUGUUGGAUCGGAGCCGACAGAUUCUGUCACUGUGAACCCAGAACCAGCAGCAGCUUCAGAGAAAGACAGUCUUCCGAUGAGCAACCGCAUGAGGAAAAAACUGCAGAAGAAAACGUCCUUCCAGAAGACAAAAGAGGAAUUUGAGUCAAACAGAGAAAAAUGGAAAAAGAAGAAAGAGGAGUUCCUGAAGAACAAACAGCAGAAAGAAGAAGCCAUUCAGAAGUACAAACAGAAGAAGAUGGAGACGUUUCAGAUGCUGAGCAAAAAGACCAAGAAGGGACAGCCCAACCUCAACCUCCAGAUGGAGUAUUUGCUUCAAAAGAUCACCCAGAGGACUGAUCAAUAACUGGAGAAUCAGUGGGAGAAGAGACUUGGACUGUGGCGUUACACAACACUGUUACCUGAGGACAAUCAGGAUGCGUUUCACACAGUAACACUCUUUUCAGUGGCGAGAGUAGUAAUCUAAAAGCCUCUUUACUUCUGCAGUGUGUGGUGUUUUUUGUUUUUUUUCUUCAUUAUUUUGCCUUGAAAGACAAAUUCUGUGGCUCAGUUUAAUCUCCGACCACUAGAUGGCGCUGUAAGACAUGAAGAGACGGGAAACAUGCUCAUGUAAUACAGUUUUUAAACAAUGUUAUAAAGUUUAAUUAAAAAAUAAAAGAUUUUACUUUACCUUUUACACAAUAUGGCAGCCAUUUAUGGAUUAUUAUACUAAAUAUAACCCCAUGAAAAAUUAACAAAUGUACAUUUUGGAAAACUUGACAUCCUCCGAGUUGUAUUAUUAAUAUUUAAAUCUUUUUUAUUUGUUAACCUUAUUUUUGUUUUGAUAUUUGAUUUGACUCCACCUAGGUUUUUUU